AUGGACCACAACAACCACAAUCAGCAACCGUCUCCCUCCGCCGCCGGAAUCCCUCCUCCUCCUCCUGGUACCUCCGUCUCCGCCGCCGGAGGUGCCGCUUACCACCACCUUCUCCAGCAACAACAGCUACAUCUCCAAGCCUUCUGGUCCUACCAACGCAAGGACAUCGAGCAAGUGAACGACUUCAAAAACCACCAGCUCCCUCUCGCUCGCAUCAAGAAGAUCAUGAAAGCCGACGAGGACGUUCGCAUGAUCUCCGCCGAAGCGCCGAUCCUCUUCUCCAAAGCCUGCGAGCUCUUCAUCCUCGAGCUCACCAUCCGCUCCUGGCUCCACGCCGAGGAGAACAAACGCCGCACCCUCCAGAAAAACGACAUCGCCGCCGCGAUUACCAGGACCGACAUCUUCGAUUUCCUCGUCGACAUCGUCCCCAGGGACGAGAUCAAGGAAGAGCCGGCGAUCGGCGGGAUGGUCUCUCCCGCCGCCAGCGGCGUGCCUUACUAUUAUCCGCCGAUGGGUCAGCCAACGGGACCUGGAGGGAUGAUGAUUGGGAGACCGGCCAUGGAUCCGAAUGGCGUCUACGUGCAGCCUCCGUCUCAGGCGUGGCAGAGCGUUUGGCAGACGUCAGCUACCGGCGAUGAUGUUUCCUACGACAGUGGAGUAAGCAGCGGUCAGGGUAAUCUCGACGGCCAAGGCUGA